AUGGAGUCCCAAGCUAGAUACUUAGCGGAGCUGGAGACUCUCGACUGCGGGAAACCAGUCAGAACUGCCGAGGACGAAGUGUACUACUCCGCAACCGUGCUUAGGUUCUACGCAGGGAAGGCUGAUAAAAUCUUAGGAAGCACAAUACCAGCAGAUGGCGAAGUUUUUUCUAUGACCCUCAAGGAGCCGGUAGGAGUGUGCGGGCAAAUUAUACCCUGGAACUACCCCAUACCAAUGUUGUCGUGGAAAAUAGCUCCAGCCCUUGCCGCAGGCUGCACGAUAGUGCUUAAACCGGCGGAGCAAACGCCGCUGACAGCGCUGGCUGUUGCCUCCCUAAUCAAGGAGGCGGGCUUCCCACCCGGCGUGGUGAACAUAGUGCCCGGGUACGGACCGACCGCCGGCGCGGCGCUCACUCACCACCCGGACGUCGAUAAAGUCGCCUUCACCGGAUCCACCGAGGUUGGCAAAAUAAUCCUGGGGGCUGCGUCAGUAACAAACCUGAAACGUGUAUCUUUGGAGCUUGGAGGCAAGAGUCCUUUAGUUAUCUUCAACGACGCUGAUGUCGAGAAGGCGGCACAGAUAGCCCACGCGGCCGCCUUCGCCAACGGCGGGCAAUGCUGCUGCGCAGGAACCAGGACAUACGUUCAGUCGGGCAUUUACGAUCAGUUCGUCUCCAAAGCGGCCGAUAUAGCGAAGAAGAGGUCAGUCGGGAAUCCCUUCGACGACGUACAACAGGGGCCGCAGAUCGACAAAGAAAUGUACACGAAAGUGCUGGAAUACAUCGAUUCGGGGAAAAAGAGCGGCGCCAAGUGUGUCGCGGGCGGCGACAAGAUCGGCGAAGUAGGCUACUACAUACAGCCAACUGUUUUUGCCGACGUCCAAGACAGCAUGAAGAUUGCCAGGGAAGAGAUAUUCGGACCGGUGCAGAGCAUCCUGAAGUUCGAUAGCUUCGACGAAGUGGUCGACCGCGCCAACGACACCAACUACGGCCUAGGGGCUGGUGUUAUCACCAACGAUAUCACAACAGCUAUGAGCUUCGCGAAACACGUGCGUGCAGGGUCUAUAUGGAUCAAUACUUACGACCACGUGACCAGCCAAACGCCUUUCGGCGGCUUCAAGGACUCUGGGCUUGGCAGGGAAUUAGGAGAAGAUGGGAUCAACCAAUAUUUAGAAAUCAAAACUGUUACCAUGGCGUUACCAAAGAAACCUCAGAUU